UUUAUUUCUAAACAACAAAUUCUCUGAAGCCCUGGAGUUGCUUCGUCCGUGGUCUAAAGAUAGUAUGUACCAUGCCCUUGGGUACAGCACUAUUUUAGUUAUGCAAGCUGCUAUGACCUUCGAACAGCAGGAUAUACAAAUGGGAAUUUCUACAAUGAAGGAAGCUUUACAAACCUGCCAAAGGUUCAGGAAAAGAAGCACCGUGGUGGAAUCCUUGUCCAAUCUAGUUUCUAAACAGCCAGUGGAUCAAUUAAGUGAAGAGGAAAUGCAUGCUGAAAUCUGUUAUGCUGAAUGCUUACUGCAGAAAGCAGCUCUCACCUUUGUACAGGAUGAAAAUAUGAUCAACUUUAUCAAGGGUGGCCUCAAAAUUAGGACAAGUUACCAAAUAUACAAAGAAUGUCAUCAGGUGCUACAGAUGACUCAGGGGAACAAAAGCAAAAAUGAAACUUAUCACCAAUUUGAAGGAGGAGUAAAACUUGGAAUAGGAGCAUUCAAUUUGAUGCUGUCACUUUUACCAGGAAGAAUCCUUCGACUUUUGGAAUUUAUUGGAUUUUCUGGCAAUAGGGAGUUGGGCCUCCAUCAGCUACGAGAAGGUGCAUCUGGCAACAGCUUGAGGGCUAUUUUAUGUACUUUCACCUUAUUGGUUUAUCAUACUUAUGUCUCCUUAAUCCUUGGUACAGGAGAAGCCAACCUUCAUGAAGCAGAUAGUCUCCUUGAACCCUACCUCCAGAAGUUUCCAAAUGGUUCGAUUAUAUUAUUUUAUGCUGCUAGAAUAGAUAUACUGAAAGGAAAUUUUGAAAAGGCACAGGUAACAUUCCAAGAAUGCAUAGCAUCCCAACAAGAGUGGAAGCAGAUUCACCAUCUCUGUUACUGGGAGCUGAUGUGGUGCUACACAUUCCAGCAGAACUGGCUUCAGGCAUAUCGGUAUGCAGACCUGCUCAGCAAAGAGAGCAGGUGGUCUAAGGCAAUAUAUGUAUUCCAGAAAGCAGCAAUUUUGUGUAUGCUUCCAGAGGAUGAAGUGAAAAAGACUGGUGAGGACAUUGUAUCUUUGUUCAGACAAGUGGAUGGUCUGAAACAGAGAAUUGCAGGAAAAUCUAUCCCAACUGAGAAGUUUGCAGUAAGAAAAGCUCGACGUUAUGCAAGUUCUCAACCUGUGAAGCUGAUAUUGCCUGCUUUGGAAAUGAUGUAUGUCUGGAAUGGCUUUGCAAUUGUGGGCAAAAGAGCAGACCUCACUGAAAAUUUGUUGGUAACAAUUGAAAAAGAAGAAACUGCUCUACAAAAUGAAACUAAUCACAGUGAAUAUUAUAUGGAUGAUGUGGCCAUGUUGCAAUUACUGAAAGGCCUCUGUCUGAAGCACUUAGGAAGACUCAUGCAAGCUGAACUGUGUUUCAAUCAAGUAAUUCAAAGUGAGAAGCAGAUAAAAUAUGACAAUUACUUGGUGCCAUUCACACUGUAUGAGUUGGGUCUUCUGUACAAACAACAAGAUGAGAGAGGAAAAGCAAUAAGAUGCAUAGAAACUGCAAAAAACAACUACAAAGAAUACUCUAUGGAGUCAAGGUUACACUUCAGAAUUCAUGCUGCACUUGACAGUUUGAAAGUGACUCCUGCUUCAACGCCUUGAGUUCAUUGAGAAGAGGUGUGUUUCACCUAUACAGCAGUCUACGCAACCUCUUUGGAGUUUUAUUUCUUUUUUUUUCAAUCAUGGAAAAGAAACAACCUAAUGAUUGCUUUCUAUCAUCUCUGAUUUGAUGUUUGUCAUUUCUUUAGACUAUUUUCUCUAUGGCACCUCUACCAUAUCUACUUGAUACUUUUAGAAAAGAUCUUAUAUUUUGCUUCAUAAAAAUAAUUUAAUGUUUGACUUGAAUGGGGAUAUUUAAAAAGAAAAAAAAAAGUUGCUGGUGCAAUAACAUUUAAUUCAAACACUUUAUUUUUUUAUAUGAAAACAGAUACUGGUUAUGCAAUGGAACUGGUGAUAAUCUCAGCAUUUUAUGGGGAUUUGAUUUUUUUGCUGUACACUUGGGACCUUUUGCCUCUGGAACAAAAAUGCAAUGGUUGCAGAUGAUCUUUGCCUGCAUUUGGCAAGAACCAUAUGCUGAAAUUUAUGUUCCAGAGGAAAAAAAACUAGUCUUUGACUUAAUUUCAUUUUGGGAACAAAAUGAGCUUGUCUGAAGUGCAAUAUUUUUCCACUAAACUUUGUGGGGGGAAAAAAAAGGUAAGCAGGACUACAGGUAGAAUGCCUUUGCUGAUCUAUUCCACUCAGAGUAAGUGGUUACAGGGGAUAUUUUUCAGUCAUAGAAAAGCAGGGCUACUGGGGAAAUCAAGAGAUUAUCUAGUCCAUGUUGUCACCCUAAGGC